AUGGAGCCAUCAGUUCACAUCGACGAAGCCUUUCUAGGAGGACCUUCAAACAGAGUUGGAAUUUGGAACCCUAGGAGUUUACUUACUCUCAUUCUUCCAUCACCAGCCAUUGAAGGAUGGAUUAUUUUGGUGACCGGUGUGCACGAGGAAGCUCAAGAUGAUGAUUUGCAUAAUGUGUUUGGUGAAUAUGGAGAGAUUAAGAACCUUAACUUGAAUCUUGAUCGCCGCACUGGUUUUGUCAAGGGUUAUGCACUGAUUGAAUACGAGGGUGCUGAGGAAGCUCGAAAUGCAAUAGAGAAUUUGAAUGGAUCUGAGCUUCUUACACAAACCAUUUAUGUUGAUUGGGCUUUCAGCAGUGGACCUAUUAAUGAGUCCGUUAAAAGAAAGAAUGCCAGACCACCUCAGCGGCGCUCAAGGAGUCCUCCUCGGAGGAGAUAUUGA